AUGAGGUUUUCAUACACUUUUUUAAUACUAGGUUCAAUAGCUCUCGGACUACUUCGAACUCUAUUUGCUUUGGUUUUAUCAAGUGAUGAUGGUUGGUUAACGCCGACAAUUUACAAAAGCGGAGAUCCAGUUGAAAUUAUUGUCAAUAAAGUCGAAUCUGAUGUAACGCAACUACCUUAUGCAUAUUAUGAUUUACCUUUCACCUGUCCUCCCACCAUGUAUAAGAAACCUUUACAUUUAUCACUAAAUGAAAUUAUUAAGGGCGAUCGUAAAUGGCAGAGUGACUAUAAAUUAGUCUUCAACGAAGAUAAUGACUGUGAAGCACUUUGUGCGAGAAAGACAACAAAGGAUGGUAUGCAGACAUUAAAAGAUUUAAUACAGAAAGGUUAUGUGGUUCAAUGGCUCAUUGAUGAUGAUUUGCCGGCUGCCACUACCUUUAUAUCGACUACUGAUCAUAAAAAAUAUUAUGCAUCAGGUUUCCCACUAGGUUUUGUAGAUAAAGACACUGGCAAAAUUUAUCUUAAUAAUCAUUUGAUGUUAGUUAUAAGAUUCCAUGCUAUAGACGAUUAUAAUUUUACGAUUGUUGGGUUUGAAGUCUAUCCUAAAUCUGUCUCAGAUUAUCACUGUCCUGGCGCUUCAAAGGAUUAUGAACAAUACGAGGUUAUUGUCCCUACGGAUCCAAAUGAACUGACUUACAUUCCCUUCACUUAUUCUGUUUAUUGGAGAGAAGAAUUUGAUAUAGAUUGGAAUCAUAGAUAUGAUCUGUUUUUCCAAAAUGGUGAACUAUCUAAUAAUGUUUCUACAAAAUUCCAUUGGAUAAGUCUGGCCAACUCAAUUGGUAUCGCCUUCUUAAUGACAUUUAUCGUGUCAUUAAUAUUUAUCAAAAUCAAUAAAAAUGAUAAAGAUAUUUUAGAUGAAAACUAUAACGAAUCUAUUUCAUUAAUAGAUAAUUCCCAUCAAAAGGAUGUGCAAAUGAAAAGGAAAAAUUCAAUCUUUGUAAUAGCAAGAAGUUGGUAUCAUAAUGAUAGAUCACCUUUACCUCAUAUUUUCAUCUUUUUAGUAUCAAUGGGUGUUCAAUUCCUCUUCACAAUUAUCGGAUCUUUAACUAUUUCCUGUUCAUUAAACAAAUUACAUAAUAUCAGACACACCGUAUUAUCCAUGGCCGUAUUCUUUUUCAUACUUGGCGCAUUUAUGGCAUCUUAUGUUGGCACAUCUUUAGCCAUUGAAAAUAAUAAAUUAGUAACCAGACGGGGUUCUUUAAAAAAUAUUAUCGUAAAUACAACUAUGUUCCCCAUUGUUUGUGGUUCCCUGCUGCCCGGACUUGUUAUGAUCAUUACAAUCUGUCUGAAUAGCAUUAUUUGGGCACAUGAUUCUACCAAUGCAUUGCCAUUUGGCACCAUUGUGAAACUGAUCUCUUUAUAUUUUAUCGCUUGUAUUCCAUUAAGUUAUUUUGGUGGUAUCUUCGCCCAAAGGAAUAGAACAAAAGAGUACACAAGAUUAAGAAGUGAUUCAAUUAAACUGUCUCCAUUUGAUGUAAAAAAAACCUUGUAUAAUAAUCCAAUUCAUUUGAAGUCUUCAACUAACAAUCUCCUAAAGAAUAUCAAAAGAAAACUUAUACUUAACGUUAAAAGACUGGCAUUAGAUUCAUUCACUGUUAUUGUCAUUCUCCUAUGUGGUGUCUUCCCAUUUUUUAUCAUCUAUGUCGAAUUACAAUAUGUUUAUAAAUCAGUUUGGCUAGAAAAGACGACUUUUUAUUUCUUUUAUGGGUUUUUAUUAGCCAAUAUCAUUUUGUUAUGUUUAGUUAUAUGUGAGAUUGCAAUUAUAAGCUCAUAUCUAAUGAUGACAGUAUCGACAGAAAAUUAUGCAAACACCUGGAGAUGGAAAUCUUUCCAAUUAUCAAGUUCAUGUGCUUGGUAUAUGGAAUUUUAUUCAUUGUAUUAUGUCUUUAAGGUUUUAAAUAUUCGUGGAUUUACGUCAAUUUUCUUUUCCGUUUGCUAUAGUCUCCUAUUUAACACUUUGUGUGGGUUAGCCAUGGGUUCUCUAGGUUAUGUGGCAACCUUAACAUUUGUUAAGCAUGUUUUCAGACUUCGUUAUAAACACUAA